GUAGUAACGAUAUUUUGCAGUACACUUAAUCGAUCACUCUUAUAUUUGUUUGUGGGAGGAAAUUAAAUAGGCUAAAAUUAACAUAAUAUUAUUAAAUUUCUCACAAAUCAUUUUCAAUGGCAAUUUUUAACUUUUAUCUUUUUGAUCGCAAUGGAACCUGCUUAUAUUAUUCUGAGUGGAACAGAAAGAAGCAACUCUCAAUGAGUAAAGAUGAGGUAGAGUUGGUUUUAUUCACAAUUCAAUUUCAAUAACUGGAAUCAACACUGACAAUACGCCAAAUUUGGCACUCCUCAGAACGGUGGUCCCAAAUUAAUCAUUGAAUACUUUUCGUUAGCAAGUGUCCGGCUACCAGCCUAAUACUGCCUAAUAGACGCCGAUAAUUGGUGACAUAAUUUUUUAUUUCACAUUUUUUUCUGACUAAUUAUUCUAAUUAUUGCUUGUAAUAAUGAUAUAAAAUAAACAAUACCAUAGCAUAUUUCAUAUAAUGUUUUGUCAGGAAAAAUUCUACAAACUUAUGACACAAACUGGAAGGCACUGUAUGAAGUGUAUGAGUAUCAUUGAAUAGGUUUGGUUAGUGUGGGCCACACUGUGACUUCCUGAAAAAACCAUCUAAUUACAAAAUCAAAAAGCAUUUUAACGAGGUAACUUCUGUAUCUUUCUUGCAUUUUUCUUUAGUUUCCUUCUUUAAAAAAAAAAAUUUCUAUCAGGAGAUGAUGAUGAUGAAGAGGCUGAUGAAGAUCACCAUCUUCGUUAGAAAAAAAAAGAAUAAAUUUAAAUAGAGCAUUAUUAAACGUAAACAAAUACUUCAGCAAUUAGGCUGGUAGCCGGACACUUUCUAACAAAUAGUAUUUUAUUUUUAAUUUGGGCCCGACGUUCUGAGGAGUACCCAAAUUUAUAAUAAACAUAAUUCAGCCUGGGACGUCCUAGAUUUCUUCUCCCCCACCAGAUAUCUUUUCAAAUAAUUUUUCAGUAAUUUUAAAGAUUUAUAUCUCAGUAUCAUCAUAAUAUUGCAUAUCUAUAUUAAACGCUAUAGUCAAUACAAUUUAUUUUUGCUGUAUUUGCUGUUUAUUUGAUUAAAUUUUAUAAGAGUAAUGACUGUAAUGACAUUCAGCCAUCAAAAUGGUCAGUGCCGUUUGGGUUGGCCACCCAUGAUCUAGAGUAGACUCUUGUUCUAGCUAUUCUUAGGUUACUAACUAAGACUCAGGCCUUUAUACCUUUAAUUUUUAUUUAAAUAUGUUAAUAUCCUGGUAGUUUAAAUCAUUAAUCUGAACAAAAAGGAACGGUUGAGGCGACAACACUAGACACAUUUGUGUCUAUUACCUCAAGCCUUCAAACCCCUAGUGCAUGAUUCCCUCACAAAGUGGCACUGGAAAUCAGUGAAGUUUCCUCAUCAACAUCAGGAACAGAAACAUUGCAAACCCCAUCUACAUGCAUAGGAGCCAAAAUGAUCAAUAAAUUGAUCGUGGGCCCUUAAGAUAUAGAAGAAGAAGAAAAUUAAUUAUUUCCACUCUUCUCUCCCAGGAGUACAAACUAAUGUAUGGCAUGAUCUUCUCCAUCAAGUCAUUCGCAAGUAGACUUUCACCAACAGACAUGUAUCCUUCUCUGUCAAAUUAUCACUGGAGUGAUAGUUUGAUGUAUGAUAUUGUAUGUCUACUCUAGAAGUUUAUAGACUGUGUCACACUGAUUAUGUGAGUAGGUACCACAAACUGGCUUAAAAACAAGUUUUUGUCUCACUUAAGCCGUUAUUUAGUAACUUUUCACUAAAUGUUUUCUAUAUUAAAAUUGGUCAUAUACUAAUAAAAAUGGUACCAUUUAAAAAUAAAUUUUAAGCCCUCUGAUUCUAUGUCAUUUUCAUUGUUGUUGAUAUAAUAAAGUAUUUAUUGCAUGAAAACCAUCAUCAAAGUGACUUUUUAUCGGUAGUCAAACGAUCAUUUUUUUAAAUCUAUUAUUUAAUCUCCGUGCCGGUUUCUGUCUUUUUUUUUUUUGUAGAAUUUCGUCAUAAAUAAGUGUAUUGUAUGCAGAAAUGAAUACCCUUUAGUUUCGUACUAAUCAUUAAUGUAAUGUAACAGUUUAAAUAUUUUUAAAUUUACAAAAUUGAAGAAAAUUAUCAUUACUUUGUGAUUUUGGCAAAAUAUGAAAUUUAAGCCAGCAUCAUUAGAAAGCUCGUCAUAUUUUCUUUUAAAAUACGAAAACAGCACUUCAUUUCUAAACAUGAACCAAAAUGGCCUAGUGAAACAAGGAACCCUAUAAUUUUCAUUCACCCCGCUCCGACCUGGUCCGAGAAAAUGGCUGAAAACCCAUGUUGACAACGCUCCAGAAGUUUUAUCUAAAUUGACGGUAGCUGAUCUAAAAUGCUUGGUUGGUAAGUAAAAUCAGUAAAAACAUGUAAUUAAAUAGUUUGAAACUGUGUCAGCUAUGUUUUAAUUGUUUAUUUCUUUAGGAAAUUUGUAUUAUUGUAGAUAUAAAUACGUUAGUUUUUCAAUGAUUAUUAUAGUUUUUGGGUUUUGUCAGAUGACCUAAACCCCCCCUGUUUGUAGUGAAGUCUAAUUUUGUAUGAUUCCUUAGUUUAAAUGUUAUUGUCUUUUCUGAAAUAAGAUACUUUGAAAAUUAAUAACUACUUAUUUUUAUAACUGGCAAAUAAUAUUAUCAGCGUCAAUUUUCAUAAAUAUAAAAGGUCACAUGAUCAUAAUUUUUGUCGGCAAUGUAAACAAACAAUGAAUGUUAAAAGUAGAAAAACUCGUUAAGUUAAGGGAUGGUCAAAGUAAUGCAUGAUUAAUAGCUCAAAGUAAUUUCUGUUAUCAUAGAUAUGCUGUUGAUUUAUGUUAGACAGAACAUGUAUUAUUUGUUCAAUUUUGUUUUAGAUGAUGGUGAACAGUUUGCUGCUCAAGAGCAGACUUUUCUGGCUAAAGGGAAAGGAAGAAGGUCAUCAUUGCCUACUCUAAUCAUCACCAACAAAUUACUUCUUAACUCUGGUUUUGAAGGAGGAAAAUAACUAAUCGUGGGAGCAGGUAACUAUAAGUAUAUGCCUAAGAUAAGUUAUUCAGUGUAAUAAACAUAUUUUGUAUUGUACUUCUACUAAGUACUAAGUUUAAAUUUUUUUGAAUUUUCUCAAGCCUGAACUUAUCUUUUCAGCUUGAAACCUGGUUCUCUCAGAUCAAAAUAUGUAUCAGUACCAGUCACAAAGUUCAAAAGUGUGUGGAAAAGGUUGUUAGCAGUUUUAACUCCCUUUCAACUUUGGAUUACAUUCAUUAUUUGGAUCAAGUUCUGGAUUUGGAUUCCAUAAGCCCUACCCUAUCAUCAUUUAGUAUAAAUAAAGAAAAUGUGUACUGUCCACCAAAGGAGUAUGCUGGUUCAGUGCAGGAAGUAAUAAAUGAAUUUAUUAUUGACUUUUUUCUAUACCGGUAUUCAAUUAAGGAAACAACAUAUAGUAUAACUGUUGAUUCUAUUCAUAGAUGGCUUUUUUUUUGUUAUGUGGAUCUGUUGACAAAUGUCAUUUUUAAAAAAAAAGAUAGCCAAUUUGGCGAAAAGUUACUAAAAAAUGAGGCAUUUAAAUGUUGAACGAAGACAACCUGAGCGUUUCAGAGAAUUUAUGAGUGGUUUAUUUCUUGUUGAUAUUGUUCCUAACCCUAUCAUUGUUAGUAUCAACAAAGAACCAUUGUCUUGUGAAGUUGAUGAACUUAAAUUAACAUUACAACAGGCUUUAGACAAUGCACAUUUAUUUAGUGUACAAGUUAAUGAACUAGAAAUUGAAAAAUUGCAGCUUAAUGAAAAAAUUAGUAUUUUUCAAGAGGAAUUAAAUAUGUUGAAGGUACAUUUAGUAAAUGAUGAAGAAAGUAGAAUAUCAUCUCUUAAUAAAUUUAAGCAUCAUAAAUCAAAAUUGAAAAGUGUUAUUUGAAAUCUUCAAGAAGAAAAUACAGAUUUUUCUGUUCAGUUAGACCAUCAUCGAUUAAAUAUUAUGAAAUUAAAAGACAAAAUAAUAUCAAUGAAAGUAAACACAGGGUCCAUUUUAAUUGGCAAUAUGAAUUGUGAAUGUGAAAUGCCUGUUAAAUUAAAAGAUCCUUUAAAAUUUGUUACUCCACUUCUGUCAGGCAAACAGUUACUAUUUUGAUGUCAGAUGUGGCAUAGCAGCUGACAAUGUGUCUCACUGCAUUAAUAUUAUUAGUGCCAAUUAAUUAAAUUGCAUUUUUGAAAAACUCCCAAGUGCAACAACUUGUUUAACUUUUUGUGCCAAGUCUUAUGUAGUUAGCCAAGUGUAAGCUGCUGAAAAUCUAUUGGGGUGUAAAAAUGCCACAUUACAUACUGAUGGAUACAUCAAGAGACCAUAAAAAAAUUGUUGGCCAUCAAAUAUAUCUUGAUAACGGAAAAGCAAUUUUUUUAGGAUUUAAUCUAGUAGCUUCUGAGGAUGCAAAUACCAUGUUAGAUUUGACCAUUGAUCUGUUCAAGUAUUUAGCUAAUUUAUAUUCAGAGUAUUCAAGUGAAUCUUCUUAGAAUAUUUUUACAAAUUUUCUAAGAAAAAUAAAUAUUACAUUCGCUGAGUGAAAGAGCUUCUGCCAUGAAGCUGUUUCAGACUAAAUUUAGUUCUUAUGUUUCCCAAUAACUGGGUGAACAAAUACAAGUUCAUUUUUUGCACUGCAAUGCUUGUUUUCUUUUAGGUUUAAGCAGCGCAUGUGAAAAAGGACUUGGUGCUGUUGAGUCUGAUCUCAAACAAGAAGUAGGGCAUUCUCUUGGUAGAGAUCUGGAAUCCAAAUUUUAUCAUUUUUCCAAUAGCAGUGAAACAGCUGCAUUGUGCUUAAUUCGAACAGCUUGUGAUGUUUUAGGGCCAAAGGGUGAUCAGAAAAAUGGGUUUAGAGCAGAAUGGCUGGCUUUCUAGCAUUCCUUCAUUCAAAUCUAAUUGUUUUAAUGGAUUCUUUGCAGCUGCCUUAAUAGUACAUGAAAAAAAGAUUAAACAAUUUUUCACAUGUGGCAUUUUGCCUGAAAACAUAAAUUUAAAAAUGAAAAGUGUAUUUUUUAUGUUAAUGAUACAGAGCUAAUGACUGAAAUCUGUGUUAUUGCUCUUUUUUAUUUAAAAAUAACAGGUCCAUUUUUGAAACUGUUAAAAGGUAAUUUAAAGUAUGCAGAGUUUCAUAUUUUUGUAAAGAAAAUAUUAGACUGUUUUGAAUGUUGUGUUAAUGACCCAUCUAUUUUAAUAGAUGAUAGUUUUGUAUCUGUUUUUGGCCGAGAUUUUCAAGUUCUUUUUAUGACUUACAUAUUGUUACACAGUAUGUAAACAGUACUAAUAAUAUUUUGUUUGUUUUAAAUAAGACUAAGACUAUUGUUUUUAUAACCAAAGAAUGCGCUAUUGUAACUAAACGCCAGCUAGCAGAUUUUCUUGGCACUGGCCCAUUUAGUGAUAACUUAUCAGAACCUACCAAAGAAGCUUUAACUGACUGUCCCCUUACCGACCUGAUUGUUGAAAGUGCCUUUGGGGACUUAGAUUAUGACAUUAAUAAGAGGAAGAACUGCUCUUUACACAGUAGGUCCACAUGGCACUGUAUCAACAGGAACAGAACAUCUGUGUUCAUAAAAAGCAAGUCUUUAUCCAAAAUAGCUAAGUUAUUUACAUUUGCUCGGAAGCAUGCCCUUAGACUUAAGAGAGCCAGGAAAGAACUUGAGCGUAAUGUUCAGUUAAAGCUCAGGGAGGAAAUGAUUGCCAAUCAGGAUAAAAAGAUUAAUAAAGAAUUAAAGCAAAUAAACAAAAGAGCUCAGCUUACUGAUGUAAAAAAAAACAUAGUGGGCCAUGUGCAAGGUCAGAUGAUGUAGAUGUUAAAAAUAAAAAUUCUGUAUCUGAACACUUUCACUGUUCCAAUUAUGUUUGGUAUGUAUAUAUAUAUAUAUAUAUAUAUAUAUGUAAUGGGCUCAUUGACUUUUGGAAUUUUUAAAGCUUUAAUUUGUAUUUAUUUUGGUAUUAUUAGCUUAUCUCUUGGUAUAACUAUUGAUUUUUUGCAAUUUUAAAAAAAAAAGACUGAUUUUUUGCUUCUUGUGAACUUGCACUUUUCUAACAAUUCUUGUAUUUUAAAUGUACAUGGUAUAUUUCCACUUGCUAUUUAAGUACAUAGACCUUUACUUCCCCUACAUUUUGAUAUAAUUAUCAUGUAUGCUUUCUUAUUAGUUAAUUAUUAGGGAUUUUUUACAAAUGACCGAAUUUUGCAUUUUUUACCUCCCUUUUUAAUUUUUUUCAAAAGGUGAUGAAACACCAUUUUCAUAACAAUAAAAUUUUAAUGAAUGAAUAAUUUUUCACCGUUGAAAAAAAUUGAGUGUUCUCUAUAUAUGUGGGUAUGUGUUGAGUGUGAGUAAAUGAGAUUAAGUGAUUUACUUUUACAGGUAUAGCCUUGCACAAAUGACACUUUUGAUGGUGGCGAAAAUAUUUCAAAAUACUCAAUUUUAAAAAAUUCAUAACUUUUUUUACUAAUUGAGUUAAAUGAACAAGUUUGGUAUCCACGUUCUUAGAAUCACGAGUUCUUGACAUGACAAUAUAAAAUAAAGCUGUAGGACUGUUUUGAAAACUCAGUUUGUGGUACCUAAUGUGAGUGCUAGCAUUGACUUUUUAACUACCCAACCCACAGAUAAUAAAUAUUUAAUGGAGACAUUAUCAUUUUUAUUUUAUUCUCUGUGUGAAUUUAUCACUUUUUUUGGGGGGAUUGGUAUCAAUCCAAAUAAUAAAAAAAGUCAUUGAUUUUUUUUUUCCUCUUUGAAAUGAUAAAAUAAUUAUUGGUUAUAUUCAUUUUUUAAAAAUAUUAUUUGGGGUUUUAAUGAUCAGGGUUUUGUCUUCAGGAGAUUGUAAUUUUAUGAAUUGUGUGUCCUGCUGAUGUUGGGUGAGAUUAGUUAAAAAGGUAAUCUAUGCUUUACACGUUUUUUGUUUUAUUCCCUAACCAACUGUCAGGAAAGAAGGUUUUUUAAAUUUUACUACCAGCAAAUACAAGCUCCACUUUUUUGAGACACCAAGUGGCCUGAAGCUGAUCAUGAACACAGACUUGUCAGUGGGGAAUAUGAAGGAUGUCUUGCAUCAGAUCUUUAGCUCAGUUAGUAUCUGCACAAACAAAAUUGCUUUGAAACAUUUCAACUUUUACACUUUUAGAGCUGAAAAUAUUCACCUUGAACUUGAAUUUAAAAUAAAACAAUUCAACUUAGCUGAAAAUUUUGAAUGACCAUAGUAUUCACCCUAUAAAAUUCAUAACAGCCGAUGAUCUGCUGUUGGUUGAUAUAAUCGGCUGCUGUUAAAAUUGCUAUUAAAAAUAUGAAUAAUUUAUGCAGAAAUCACUCUACAGAAAUCAGUUUGCUUCCUAUUUACGUUCCUAUCUGAGUGUAAAUAUGAUAUUAUCAGGGCUUGCUUUGUGAUUAAUUGGGAGUGAAAUUUGCUCAAUAUAUUUUUAAUGCAUUUAUUUCUGAUAUUGGAGAAGGUCCCCCUUAGAUUGCAAAAUCAACACAGACAUUUUUAUUGGAAUUAUUCAAAAUGGAUUAAAAUGAAAGCAAUGAUUUCAGAGAUAUUAUAAAUGCUAGUAAUGACAGUAUUAGCAACAUACAAGUCAGAUAUUUGAGUUACUACAGUACAUAAAAUUUUUCAUUAUGAAAACAAACUGACACACUAUUUUGCAAAUCACUACAAAGUACUGCAGUGCAUCAAUAAAUUACAUAAGAAGUUUACUUUAAAUGCUAAGAUAUUACCCACAAUAAGACCAAAAAACUCAACCCAGAGAUGCACAGCACAUAACUAUUCUGACUUGGGCAGCAUAGUAAUAAUAUUUUCUCAUUAUAAGCAUAUUUACGGAACCGUAUAAAUAAAACUCAUUAACAAGCAGGUGAUGCCUGUUUACUAAACUAUUACAUUACUUGGUUAAAUGACAUUGAUUUUAGUUAGACAAAGAAAAUCUAGCUAGAAUGAUAAUUUGUUUUCUUCUUGUAUUCUAGUUGUACGUUGAAUAUGUUGUGAAAAAUCCACUUUGUGAACUGGACAAGCCAAUAACGAGUGAACUCUUCAAAAACAAACUUGAUGAAUAUGUCAGAAGUCUAUCACAGUUUCCUGUGAAAGCUGCCUCAUAAAAUGUUAAACUGAUGGAUAGAACACAUGCACCACUUGACUGCCUGAUGAAAAUAGCAUGGAGACACCGCAAGACAGUGAUGAAAGGAACUCAUAUACCACUAGACUGAUGAAAAUAUCACAGACACCACCCAACAAAUGAUGAAAACAGAGCUCGUGACACCGACAGCUUGCUAUUUAUUCAUAUUCACAAGCAUUUCUCAAAUAAUUUUGCUUUAUUCAUUAUUUUAUUAUUUACGAUUAUUAUGGAGAGAUUGAAAAUGUAAAAAAUAAAUAUUGUAUUAUUUAAUUUGAAGGAAAAAAAAUGGAAAAAAGAAAUCUUGUGUUAUUUAAUUUGAGAGUUUGACUACAAGAUUUCUUUUAGCUUAAGCAGUUGGUCAUAAAAAGAGGACUUACUUUUGCACCUUAUUGCUUUGAAAACUAAAUGAUUCAUUGAGAAAUUUAAACAUUUAUAAUUUAUGUUGCCAUUAUUUAAUAUUAUUUUCGUUUAUGUGGAAAUUUUUUUCAAUGUGCAUUUUUUUUUACUAUGCAUUAUGUGGUAUUGGUACGGUAAGUCAAUUUUUUUAAAUUUUAUUUUCAAAUCUAUGUAACUGUGUCCAAUGCUUUUAUUAUUUGACCAAACAAAAUGUAUCACUAAAUAGUGUGUUGUUUUUUUUACUUUAAAAUAAAAUAAAGUAAAAUGCCAAUCGUCAAAAAAA